AUGACUGACUCAAAUGCCUCGUCACCGGAGCGAGAGCGUUUGCUACGAGAGGAACCAUCGCCUUGCCCGCAAAGCCCCUCACCUCAAGACCUCCGGGACUUGUGGGUCGCCGUCGAUGACAGCCUGCAGCACGUCGUACGCCUCCUGGCCGCCAUUUCCUUCUGCAUGAUGGUAGUCAUCGUAUGCAGAGUCCUCAGUCCCCCUGCCAUUCAACUCAACACCGAUAUCUUCCCCACUACAGAACGCCUCGAAGAUCACGAAAACGAAACACAACGAGCCAUCAUCUCGCUAUACGACGCUGCCGUAUUCAUCUUCGCAAUCGCAGCAGCAACGUGCUUAGUGCUAGCCUUGUUCUACUUUCAUUUCUACUGUUUCCUCAAGACGUGGAUCAUGAUGAACACUUGCUUCAUUCUGAGCCAGGCGUUUGUUGCCCUUCUGGGAUAUCUGACGCUUGCGACCAACGUAGAAGUGGAUAUAUUUACGGCCGAAUUCGUCGUUUGGAAUCUCACCACAGUUGGAAUUAUCUGUGUCUACUACAAGGGACCACUGUUUCUGCAACAAGUGUACCUCAUCAUACAGUCCAGCUUCAUAGCACUGAUGAUAAUUGAGCUCAUACCAAACUGGACCUUGUGGCUCGUGUUGUCCUUCAUGCCUCUUUGGGACUUGAUGGCUGUGCUCUGUGUCGUCGGACCGCUGAGGUUACUUAUCGAAAUGGCGAGAGAAGCAGAUGACAGUAUUCUCAGGGGGGUGGUUUUCUCCACGGGCACGUCCAAUGUUUCCACCAAGAGGUUCAGUAACACGGAUGAUACAGAAAUGAAGAGUAUUACAGGUCGACCGGACAGGACGAGGAAGGGGAGUACCUGUGGCAGCCCUGACAACAGGGAGAAUCUCCGGGAAGGCGCGUUUGAAGGUGGAGUCGUGAUGGGACUAGGUGACUUCGUAUUCUACAGUGUCCUUGUGGGCAAAGUUGCGUCAUACGGCAACUGGAACUUGAUCGCGGCGUGCUUCGUGGCCGUCCUUGUAGGAGUGUGCCUAACGUUACUGCUCCUAGUCAUAGCGGGGACACCGUUACCAGCUCUGCCGAUGUCGCUCGCAUUAGGCUUGCUGUCUGUUGUAUUUAGCACACCAAUUGAGAUGUUUACCGAUCAGCUGACACAGCGGCAAGUUUUUAUUUAA